UUUAUACUUCCGUUACUUCCGGGUAUCAACGCAACUGUUUCUUGUUGCCAUAACACCGUGUCGGAUCUGUUGUAGGUAGCUGAAAGUUAUUUGGUUGGUUGUUAUCAAAGUAAGAAGAACGACAAGUUUUAGUUCAAGAAAACAUACGACAUGUAUCAUAAUCCUUAUUCUGGUACUCCUGUAAGUUCAAAGCCAGGUUUGAACAAUAGCAAAGGCUUGUUUCAUGACUUCGUUCGUCCAAGAGAUCAGUUUUCAGCCAAGCUUGGAAGUUCACCCUUUAAAGGCUCACCACAGCCAGAAAACUUCGAUUUCAUACCACUUAGUUACAGUAGCCCUGUAAAUAACGUGAGCAAAAGAGGAGGUGGAAACUGGAAAAGAGGUAACAGAAAAAGCUUUUUUGGCAGUCCUGCCAAUUCAAGUUGGAACUCCAGUUUCAGUCCCUACGAUAUGAACCGAAGGCAUUUCCACAGUAAUUCGGGAAGUUCGAACGGUAAUUCAAGCUUCAGUCCAUAUAAUAAUAUGGACACGCCCAGGAAAUAUCCUUCAAAUAGAAAUAGAAUGGAUAGUAACGUCUUAGGAAAUGCAAAAAAUACUGAUGAUAUAAGUCUGUAUUAUCACCCUUCAAUGCUGGAAGAUCCAUGGGCAGAGUUAGAGCAGAAACUGAAAAACAGUACAACCAGUCAGAACUAUAGUUUUAGCAGUAAAGAUUCGCUUGAAAAGUGUGGUUCAAAUCGGAGCAGUGUGGAUGCACUUACACUUGUUAAUGAUUCUGAUGAGGGAGCAGACACUCAGGAAACUGAUAGUUCUGUGUCAGUGAGUGAUGGGUCUUCAUAGCACAAACUGGUCAAAUGACUUUAACAUUUCUCAUUCUUUAUAUAUUAUAUGUAUUACGUCCCUUUGUGUGCAUGCAAAGAGUUCACCAUUUUGUUGGCUUUUAAACUUUUAUUUUCAUCGGACAUGAAAUAUCUCCACAGUAAGAAGUAGCAGACGAGGUACAGCAGUAUACAUUGGAUUUAGUUAUAUUAUGCCAAAAUCACAGGUGUAUGUUUCAGGUUGCACGAAGUCCUGAUUUUAAUUAACUACAUUAAUGAAUAUAACGCGGUUUAAUGUAUAUGUUUAUUAUGAGAUUCAGUAUAGAUUGUGAAGUAAGUUAGGUCACAGUAUUGUAUAUAAUUUAUACAUCUUGUUUAUUAAGUUUAUAACUUCAUAAAAGGGAAAGAAAUUAAUUUUAUUCUGUCUCCUAUGAGUUUAUUUCAAAUAUUAAAUGCAGCUUAAUCUUUUGACCUGCCAUUAGAGCAAACAUUUUGUUUGUAUAUCUUCUCAUGACCAUUACUGAAACUCAAGUACAAAUAAAUUUUUACUUUUGUAAAUAUCUUUGAUAUUUUUACACAUGAAUUAGCAGUAGUAAUAAAUACUAAUCUGUUCAGUUUCCUGAGAAGUAGAUUUGUAAAGUGUAUUUCAGAACCACAGUCUUAUUUCUCUAUUGGCUAUCCAUUUUACUCCAUGUUUAGAUACUUGACCCAGUAGUAGCACAUACAGUGUGAUAUUACCAUGAUGUUGCAGUAUUGUAUAUAAUUAACUAGUCUUGUAUGUUGGUUAAGUUUAUAACAUAAAACAAAUUAAUUUUAGACUUUCUGAAGAUAUUAUUCGAUAUAUUUACCAUAGCUCCUUUGCAUUUACAUUUAUUUUCAUUUCAUUGAUCCAAUCCUUUCCCAUAGGUCUGGAUAUAAAAUAUGUCACAUGCUACAAAUUCAUGGUAACUCUACAUCAUAGAUCUUAGGUCCAAUAAGAGUAUAUAAAUCAGGCCUCAUGCAGACAGCACAGAUUGUCAAGACGAUAUGCAUAAGUUGUGGAAACACUGUUGUCACAUUCAAGCCUGAAUGUCUUGCCCUUAGGUUAAAUUUCUUGUCUUUUCAUAACCAUUAUUGAAACCAGAGUACAAAUAUUUUUCUCUUGUAAAUAUUUGCAACCUUUGAAACUCUUGUAUAUGAAUGAUAAUACAUACUUCUUAUGUUCA